GGCGCAUUGUUGUCAUCGCAUCACACGCGAGCCAAUUCUCAACCAAGCUGCACACGCCAUGGGGACAGCCGAGGCCACUUUACGCAUGGACAGCAUGGAGGUGAAGGACGAGUGGCAGGAUGAGGACUUCCCCAGGCCUCUCCCAGAAGAUGGCGAUUCCUCAUGUGGCCUGACGGACAACAGGACCACCAACCCCCCCACUAGUCUGAAUGUGGGAGGCUCCACCGGGGACCAGUCCAAGCGUCGCACGCUGACCGCCCCCGACAUGAACCUAUCGCUGGAGCACAGCGAGGGCUCGCUGCUCUCGGACGACCUGGACAUCAACGUGGAUGACAUCGAGACCCCCGACGACACCGACUCGCUGGACUUUGCCAAUAACGGGAAUGAGCUGGAGUGGGAAGACGACACCCCGGUGGCCAGCGCCAAGUGUCUCCCGGGCGAAGGCGAGGAGGAGAGGGACUCGUCAGGCCGCCUGUGGAGAACGGUCAUCAUCGGUGACCAGGAGCAGCGCAUCGACAUGCAGGUCAUCAGGCCGUACCUCAGGGUGGUCACGCACGGGGGCUAUUACGGAGAAGGCCUGAAUGCCAUCAUCGUGUUUGCAGCCUGCCACCUCCCAGACAGCAGCUGUGACGACUACUCGUACAUCAUGGAGAACCUCUUCCUGUACGUGGUGAGCAGCCUGGAACUGCUGGUGGCCGACGACUACAUGAUCGUCUACCUGAAUGGAGCCACGCCACGCAGGAAGAUGCCCGGCAUUGGCUGGUUGAAGAGAUGCUACCAGAUGAUUGACAGGAAAUUGAGGAAGAACCUCAAGUGUUUGAUCAUUGUUCACCCGACGUGGUUCAUCCGCACCAUCCUGGCCAUCUCCAGACCUUUCAUCAGCGUGAAGUUCCUGAGCAAGAUCCGCUACGUGCACACGCUGGACGAGCUGAGCCUGCUCAUCCCCAUGGAGCAUGUGCAGGUGCCCGAGUGCGUGCUGCAGUACGAUGACGAGAAGAUAAAAGCCAAACUGGAGCAAGAGCAGCAGAACGCCAACACGCUGCCGCCCAAAGAAAGGCCAAAGUCAACGAUGGCUGAGAUUGGCCGUGACAUCUGAGAUUCAAAGCACUUUGAGGAUUGCCGGAGAUGAGAUGGCCGCCACACUGGAUGUGAAACAUGCAAGACAAUCAUUUGUCACUCACAUCCCGUCAAGGUUGUACUGAAAAGCUUUACUCUCUUCCUUCGCAUCAAGGGAUUGUGUAUACCUAUUUUUCAGAAGGGGGGGGAAAAAAUAGCUUACAUAUUUUUGUUAUGAAUGCUAUGUGGUCGAUUCAUUUGCCUCUGCGGACGAUGCAAAAGUGGCAUGCUUCUAUAAAUCCCUUUGUUUUCCGUCAUGAUGGCGUCGUUUUUUGCCUGAUGGCAAUUGUCAACAAAUGAAACUAAUUCCUCUUCAUAAAAAUGUGACAUGCUGUUUGUAAUAUUUAAAAAAAGGGGUAGUGGAGGUCUAAUAAAUAUGCUUGCCAUGCUG